AUGCCGGACUCCACACCGCCGCUUCACGAUGAGCCAGAAGAAGGCCGCUCCUUACACGACCGAAUUGCAGACGUUUUCCGCCCUCGAAGCUCAAGACCUAACACAGGUAUCAAUCCCAACAAUAACGGAGCAAAAAGCCCAUCUACGGAGCCAGAUGUGAGAACUCGCCUUCUGGAUUCAUAUAAUCACUCGAAUCCUGUUUGUGGUGAACGUCGCUGUAGUCAUGGCACAUUCUCCCCAAGAUUAGUGAGUGACAGAGUUUCCUCUUUUGAAGCGUUUGGGGGCGUUGGAAUUGGCGAAGCAAGCAGCACAUCGGCUUGCCAGUUUCGUGGUGGAAGAGGAGACGGAGACGGAGACGGAGAUGGAGACGAUCCCUCAGGGUCACGUCCGGACUCUGGAUACACUUCUCAACUAAAAUCUUCUUUGUCAAUGAACGAUACUAACAAACAUCACUUCAGGUACCUAUCUUAUUACAUUCCCUUCUUCAACUGGAUAAGUCAAUAUAAACGGUCUUUCGUCCGUGGAGACUUGAUGGCCGCAUUGACCGUUUCUUCAAUUUAUAUUCCCAUGUCCCUGUCGCUGGCAUCCAAUCUCGCCCAUGCACCCCCAGUCAAUGGCCUUUAUUCUUUUGUGAUACAUCCACUAGUGUACGCAUUAUUAGGAAGCUGUCCUCUUUUGGUUGUUGGGCCUGAGGCGGCUGGCUCACUACUUGUGGGAGCGAUUGUCAAAUCCAGCAUCAACGAAGGCAAUUCUGGCGAAGGUAAUAGUUAUGAGAGUGCAAUGGUGGUCGGAAUAGCCACAGCUAUGACAGGUGCAAUGAUUCUUAUUGCCGGAAUCUCCCGGUUAGGGUUCUUGGAUAACAUGCUCAGCCGUCCCUUUUUUAGGGGAUUCAUUACAGCUAUUGGUUUUGUGAUCUUUGUGGACCAGCUCAUCCCUGAAUUGGGCCUUGGAACUCAAGCGAGGGAAUCUGGAGCCAGUCAUGGCACUACGGUUGCUAAGCUUUCAUUCAUUGCUCGCAAUGCUCAGAAUUCUCAUUUACUGACUGCUAUGGUUUCCUUGAUCAGCUUUUCUAUCAUCAUGUUCUUCCGAACACUCAAAAAAUGGUUGAUGCCACGUUUUCCCCAGGUCAUCUACUUUCCAGAUCGCUUCCUUGUUGUCGUUUUUUCGGCCAUUUUGGCCUGGAAGCUCAACUGGGAAGACAAAGGACUCGAGCUUCUUGGACAUACCGAGAUUAGCUCAAGCCAAUUGUUUGCCUUUGAGUGGCCAUUCAAGUAUAUUAACAUGGCCCACAUUCGCACGGCCUUGAGUAAGGCAUUUAUUAUUACCCUCCUAGGCUUCUUUGAGUCCUCAGUUGCCGCGAAGGGUCUGGGAGAUGGUGCAACCAAUGGUAUUAAGGGCAUUCAUAUGAGUGCUAACCGAGAAAUGGUUGCACUGGGUACGGCUAAUUUAAUUGGAGGCUGCUUCAUGGCCCUCCCAGCCUUUGGAGGCUACGGCCGAAGCAAAGUCAACAUACAGACUGGCGCUCGCUCUCCAAUGAGCAGUAUCUUUCUCAGCAUGAUUACCCUUGUGUGUAUCCUAGUGCUUCUACCUUAUCUCUACUACAUUCCGAAAGCUGUUCUUUGUUCUAUGAUAUCAGUCGUAGCGUACUCUCUUGUUGAAGAGUGCCCCCACGAUUUGAUAUUUUUCUUCCGCCUCCGCGCGUGGACUGAGUUAGCUCUGAUGUUUCUCAUUUUCGUUUCAACAAUCUUCUACUCGCUUGAGCUUGGUAUGACCCUUGGUAUUGGCCUCUCAGUCAUCAUUCUGAUCCGCCAUGCCACCAAACCACGUAUCCAAAUUCUGGGCAAAGUAUCCGGCAACUCGAAUCGUUUCGAAAAUGCUGAAUUGCAGCCUGGAAAUAUUGAAUUGAUUGAAGGAGCCUUGAUUGUCAAGAUCCCAGAACCUCUCACCUUCGCCAAUACUGGUGACCUGAAAAACCGUCUGCGCCGUCUGGAGCUUUAUGGAUCCAGUCGGGCUCAUCCAUCGCUUCCUCCUAUGCGCGCACCAGAGCAUAAUAGGAACGUCAUAUUCGAUGUGCAUGGUGUUACCAGUAUCGAUGGCUCUGGGACACAGGUUCUUGGUGAGAUUGUGCACGCUUAUGUCGAGCAAGGGACUAGAGUUUUCUUUUGCCGAUUACCUCACACCAGUGUAUUCCGCAUGUUUGAACGAAGUGGGAUUGUUAAAGAAUGUGGUGGUAUCACCCAUUUCGUCACCAGCGUUGAUGAGGCGCUGCGCUUGGCAGAAACCGAGGAAUCUUUGGACGAGAUCCAAUGCGCAUGA